AUGGCCAUCUUCACGACUGACAAUCCCUGGGUGCUUAUUUUUGGAGUUCUAGGUAAUAUCAUAUCCAUCAUGGUCUUUAUGGCCCCAGUGCCAACGUUCUGCAGGAUAUGCAGGAAGAAGUCAACUGAAGGGUUUGAAUCAGUUCCAUACGUGGUUUCUCUGUUCAGCGCUAUGCUUUGGCUGUACUAUGCGUCCCUCAAGUCCGAGUCCAGCGCUUUCCUGCUCCUCAUGGUCAACUCGGUCGGAUGCGCCAUAGAGACGAUCUACAUCGCUCUCUACUUCACGUAUGCUCCUAAACAAGCCAGGAUGAUGACGCUGACACUGCUGUUGCUGAAUUUCGGAGGGUAUUGUUCCAUUCUUCUUCUGUCCCACUUCUUGGCAAAGGGAUCGGCGAGGGUCCAACUUGUUGGGUGGAUUUGCGUUGCGCUCUCUGCUGCAGUCUUUGCUGCUCCUCUAAGCGUCAUUAGAAUGGUGAUACGUACCAAGAGCGUGGAGUUCUUGCCCUUUUCUUUAUCGUUCUUCCUCAUGCUCAGUGCUGUGACUUGGCUCCUAUACGGCCUAUUCCUCAAGGACUUGUAUGUCGCGGGUCCAAACGUGUUAGGAGUCAUCUUUGGAGUGCUUCAGAUGGCGCUGCAUGCCAUAUACAGGAAGAGAAAUAAUGAUACCAGUGUUGGAAAGCUGAGCUCUGAUACACAAAGUUGCAAUGGGCAUGCCUUCAUCAUCUUUAUUGAAGCUUUCUGA